GUAUUUCACAGAGGAGGAGUGGGCGUUGCUGGAUCCUGACCAGAGAGCUCUGCAUAAGGAAGUCAUGGAGGAGAAUCGUAGGAUUGUGGACUCUCUCAGUGCUGAUGGAUUGAAAAUUAUGAACAAGGGAGACAUUCACAGAGUGGGGAAGGUGUAUAAAUAUUUGGAAUGUGGAGAGAGUUAUAGUCAGAGCUCUUAUUCCACUUCCCCUAAAAUAAAUUCCAUUGGGAAGAAUCGCUAUCAGUGCUUGGAAGGUGGUAAGACGUUUCGUCAGAAGAAAUGUCUCACUUUCCAUCCAAGAACUCACAGCAGGGAGAAACCAUAUCAGUGCAUGGAAUGCGGAAAGAGCUUCAGUCAGAUGUCCAAUCUCACGACCCAUCAAACCAUUCAUACAGGAGAGAAACCAUAUCAGUGUUUGGAAUGUGGAAAGAACUUCAGGAAGAAAGCUAAGCUUACAGCUCAUCAAAGAAUUCAUACAGGAGAGAAGCCAUAUCAGUGCAUGGAAUGCGGAAGGAGCUUCAGGCAAAGAGCCCAUCUCACUUCCCACCAAAUACUUCACAGUGGGAAGAAACCCCAUCACUGUUUGGAAUGUGGAAAGAGCUUCAGUUACAGGCAUGUGCUCAAGGCCCAUCAAAGAAUUCAUACAGGGGAGAAACCAUAUCAGUGCUUGCAUCAAAUAAUUCAUACAGGGGAGAAACCAUAUCAGUGCUUGCAAUGUGGAAGGAGCUUCCGUCGGAGGUCCCAUCUCACUUCCCAUCAAAUAACUCACAGUGCGGGGAAAACCCAUAAGUGCUUGGAAUGUGGAAAGUGCUUUAAUCAGAGAUCCUAUCUCAAUUCCCAUCAGAAAAUUCAUAGAGGGGAGACACCAUAUCAGUGCUUGGAAUGUGGAAAGAGCUUUAGUCACAAGGCUGUGUUUAAGGCCCAUCAAAGAAUUCACACAGGGGAAAAACCAUAUCAGUGCUCGGAAUGUGGAAAGAGCUUCAGUCAAAAGGCUGUGCUCACAGCCCAUCAAAGCAUUCACACAGGGGAAAAACUGUAUCAGUGCUCAGAAUGUGGGAAGAGCUUCAGUCAGAAAGCUAAGCUCAUGGCUCAUCAAGGAAUUCAUACAGGAGAGAGACCUCAUAAGUGCUUGGAAUGUGGGAAGAGCUUCAGGCAGAGGGGGCAUCUAAAGGGUCAUCAAAGCAUUCAUACAAAGGAAAAACCAUAUCAGUGCUUGGAAUGUGGAAAGAGCUUCAGGCGGAAGAAUAUUCUCACUUCCCAUCAAACAAUUCACACUGGGGUGAAACCAUUUCAGUGCUUGGAAUGCGGAAAGCACUUCAGUCAUAGGUCCCAUCUCACAUCUCACCAAAUAACUCACAGUGGGAAGAAACCCCAUCACUGUUUAGAAUGUGGAAAGAGCUUUGGUCAUAGGGCUGUGCUCAAGGCCCAUCAAAGAAUUCACACAGGAGAGAAACCCUAUAAGUGCUUGGAAUGUGGAAAGAGCUUCAGUCGGAAGGACCAUCUCACUUCCCAUCAAACAACUCACACUGGAGUAAAACCAUAUCUCUGCAUGAAAUGUGGAAAGACUUUUAGUCGGAAGGAUAGUCUCACUUCACAUGAAAGAAUUCACAAAAAAGAAGAACCAUAUAAAAGCUUCAGAUGUGGAACGGACUUCAUUAAGGGAUCCCAGUUCACUUCCCAUCAAAUAACACACAGUGGUGAGAACCCGUACCAGUGUUUGGAAUGUGGAAAGAGCUUCAAGUGGAAGAGAAGUAUCAUUUGCCAUCAAAGCAUUCAUACAGGGGAGAAACCAUAUCAGUGCUGGGAAUGUGGGAAGAGCUUUUCCUGGAAGACAAAUCUCAUUUCCCAUCAGAGAAUUCAUACAGGGGGGGCACCGUAUCAGUGUUUGGAAUGUGGAAAAACAUUCAAUCAGAAGUAUACCCUUACUUCACAUGAAAGAAUUCACAGAGGGGAGGGAGGAUAUAAGUGCUUUGAAUGUGGAAGGAGUUUCAGUAGGGGCUCCCAGCUCUCUUCCCAUCAAAGAAUUCAUACAGGGGAGAGACCAUAUCAGUGCUUGGAAUGUGGAAAGAGCUUCAAUAGGGAAAAAAGUCUAACGUCCCAUCAAAUGACUCAUUCAAUUGAUGAACCGUAUCAGUGCUUGGUAUGUAGAAAGAGCUUCAAAUCAAAGAGAAGUCUCACUUUACAUCAGAGAAUUCAUACAGUGGCGAAACCAUAUCAGUGCCUGGAAUGUGGGAAGAGCUUCAGUCGGAAUGAACAUCUCACUUCCCAUAAAACAAUUCACAGUGAGGAGAGACCAUAUCAGUGCUUGGAAUGUGGAAAGAGCUUCAAAUCAAAGAGAAGUCUCACUUUACAUCAAAUAAUUCAUACAGGGGAGAAGCCACAUCAGUGCUUGGAAUGUGGAAAGAGCUUCAGUCGUAAGGAACAUCUCACUUCCCAUAAAACAAUUCACCGUGAGGAGAGACCAUAUCAGUGCUUGGAAUGCGGAAAGAGCUUCAAAUGGAAGAAAAGUUUCACAUUCCAUCAAAGAAUUCAUACAGGGGAGAAACCAUAUCAGUGCUUAGAAUGUGGAAAGAGCUUCAUGCAGAGGUCUAAGAUGACAAUCCAUCAAAGAACUCACCGCAAGGAGACUCAUAGCAUUUGAAGAUGGCUGACACAUCUCCUCUUAAUCUCCUCUUUUUGAGACAAAACAUAUCCAGCUCAGAACUCUGGGUAUAGGGCAGUGUAUCAUUUGGGUCUUCCUCCUUUGCACGUGUUCCAGCUUGACAAUAUCCUCCUUUUAUUGUGGCGUCCAGAACUGGACCCUGUACUCCAGGUGUGUUCUGACCAAGGCAGAAGGGAGCAGUAACAUUACUUCCGAUGCUCAGGACGCCAGAUGUCUGUUGAUGCAGCCUAAAAUAACAUUAGCUUAUUUUACUGCUGCCUCACAUUGUUAACUCGUGUUAAUCUUGUGGU